GACAACAAAUAUGGCGGAGAGGAGCAGGACGGCAGAGACGGGCAGCGCCAUCGGAAGUGAUGACAUCAUAGCAGGGAACGUGAGCAAGUACAUCGUUCUCCCACCUGCUUAUUCUGGACAACCUAAAAAGGGACAUCUUAUAUUUGAUGCCUGUUUUGAAAGUGGGAACCUUGGAAGGGUGGACCAUGUCACAGAGUUUGAGUAUGACCUGUUCAUCAGACCAGACACCUGCAACCCACGCUUUCGAGUCUGGUUCAACUUCACUGUGGAAAACGUGAAGGAAUCACAGAGAGUAAUUUUCAAUGUUGUCAACUUCAGUAAAACCAAAAGCCUCUACAGAGAUGGGAUGGCUCCAAUGGUGAAAUCCACAAGCAGACCAAAAUGGCAGAGAAUACCCUCUAAAAACGUGUAUUACUACCGCUGCCCCGACCACAGGAAGAACUACGUCAUGUCUUUUGCUUUCUGCUUCGACCGGGAGGACGACACUUACCAGUUUGCUUACUGCUACCCCUACACCUACACCCGCCUGCAGCACUACCUGGACACCCUACAGAGGAGGAACAUGGACUACUUUUGCCGGGAACUGCUGGGACUCAGCGUGCAGAAACGACGGCUUGACCUCCUGACAAUAACCAGCCCCGCAAACCUGCGUCCAGGGGCUGAACAGAAGGUGGUGUUCAUCACUGCACGGGUCCAUCCAGGGGAAACACCAUCUUCCUUCGUCUGCCAAGGUAUAAUUGAUUUCCUUGUGAGCCACCAUCCUAUUGCAAAAGUACUGAGAGACCACCUGGUCUUCAAGAUUGCACCCAUGCUCAAUCCUGAUGGAGUUUACCUAGGAAAUUACAGGUGCUCCCUGAUGGGGUUUGAUUUAAACCGGCACUGGGCAAAUCCAUCUCCCUGGGCUCAUCCCACACUGCACGGAGUGAAACAGCUCAUCAUCGACAUGUACAACAAUCCGAAGAUUAACCUGGAGUUCUAUAUUGACAUCCAUGCCCACUCCACCAUGAUGAAUGGCUUCAUGUAUGGGAACAUCUUUGAAGACGAGGAAAGAUUUCAGCGGCAGGCUGUUUUUCCCAAGCUACUCUGUCAGAAUGCUGAAGACUUCUCUUAUUCCAGUACCUCGUUCAACAGAGAUGCUGUGAAGGCAGGGACGGGCCGGCGUUUCCUUGGCGGGCUGUUAAAUGAUACAUCCUACUGCUACACCCUGGAGGUCUCAUUCUACAGCUACAUCUUGGGUGGACCUGCUUCUGCUGUCCCCUACACAGAAGAAGCCUAUAUGAAGCUUGGAAGAAAUGUGGCCAGGACAUUCUUGGAUUACUACAGGCUGAACUCCUUGGUGGAGAGACCACUAGGAACUACUCCUAAAACUCGGAAGGACAAACUGCCGCACUUUAAAUGCACUGCCCAGCGGGGCCCAGGGAACAGCCAUGCUGGCAGCAAGCCAGAGAAGAGGAGCCAGGCACAUCUGAAGGACCAGUCUCUUUCCACACGAUGAGAGGAGAGGAGAGAAGAGGAGAGGAGGGCUGCAGGGCAAGGCGGAGGAGCACGUCGCAGUCUGGAAUCGAUGAUGUUUCUCUUUUUUUUUUCUCCCAGACAAGUAUUUCUAAGAUAACAAAUAGUCCAAGGAGAGAAGAGGGAGAGGGAAAUUAGCCAGAAAUUUUACUAUUGAUUUUUUUUUAUUUAUAGAUGGUGAAUCAAUUUCAGGUUUUUGGGGAGUUUUUUUG